AUGACACAAUUGAUGAUUCGUAAAAUUGUUCCUACAACAUAUCAAGAUAUCGAUAGCUAUUCUAAUCACAGCUAUGAUUAUUCAAUGAGUAAUCAAAUUAAAUCUAUAACGCCAAAAAUAUAUCGUUUACGACCACAUCAACAAACCUCUAGUGUUGCCUCAAGGUCGUCGAAUGAUAAUGAAAUAAGCUCAAAUAGAAAAAAUGAUAAUACUUUAACACCAACAAAAUUUCGUCCUCAAAAAGUCCUUGCGUCAUCGAAUGAUGAUGAAACCAAUACGAUUAUAAUGGGAGAUUUUAUGUUAACUAAAAAUCCAAAUCAAGAUCGUAGCGUUUACAGCUACAAACCAAAACAUACACAAGUAGCAUAUAAAUACAAAGGUAUACUAGACAGUUCGGAAGUUCAAGAACGUGCGGCGAAUACAAUCAAAUCAUUAGUUCGAGAACGAAAUCAAUUUCUAUCACCGGAUUCAAUACAUAAAUCUAUUAGCGAGAAAGAAUUUCGUCCGUCGUCAAUUCUUCUUCGCUCAUUAACGGGUGAUAAUUUAAAUCGUUUUGUUGGAAAGACUAAUUCUGUUUCAACAGAUGAUUCAGAGAGUGAUUCAAGCGAACCAAAUAAUCGAUAUUAUUUUGGCGAAGAAACUGACUAUAGUGCAACAAAUGGUGAUGAUGAUGAAGUUUGUUUAGUAUUUGGUCAUGAUGUACUACCAUCAAAUCGCGUACAAAAUUCAACAAUAGUACAACAGAAAACACAACCAACACAACGACCGACGUAUAGAACCUAUAUCAAUUAUGUUAAUGAUCAAACAACGGAUAUUAUACUUCAACAAGUAGUCGAUGUUGGUACAUCUAUCGAUUCUACUCUACUAGAUGAAAAGCCAUCAGAUAAUCGAACUGCUCUUUUUCAAAAGUCAUCUUUCGAUAAUCGAGAAUCAAUAUUUACCAAUCAAAGUUCUCGUAGUGAAAGUGAAACCUAUAGAGUUAGUCAGCAAACAAAAAGACAAAAUAACGAUGAAGAGAUUGUUUUGACUCGUUCACCAAAAGUUCGAAGUCCAACAUAUGUAUCUAAAACGGACUCGUCAGUAAUUCAUUCUUAUAUAAAUGUAGCGAUGCCUUCGAAUUCUGCAAUCGAUAUGAUAAAAAAUGCAGAACAAUCAUCAACAAAAUCGUCGCAAAUUAUGUAUACUGCAUCAAGCAGUCAUCGAUCAACUUCUAAGCCAUCAUUAGGAAGAGAAACACUACUUGAAAGAAGUCAAACCGCGGAUUCACAAUUAGUACAAUAUGAAAAUUUGAACACUAAUCUAGAUUAUGACACGAAUUUAUCCCAGAAAUCAGUUAAAAGUCAUGAAAAUCGUCGCGGUUUUCUUGGUGCAAAACUGCCAACAUUUCCAACUGAAAAACCUAUACCUCGUCGACCAUCGUCAACACCGCCAACUGAUUUAGACGACGAAUUCAUUGAACCAAGACCAAAUUUUGGUCCAGGUAAACGAUUCCCGAAUACACCAAGACCUAAACGUGAUAGACGAGACGACGAUUCUGAUUCGAUUAUUGGCAAUCGUAGUCCAAAUCGUCAGCCAAAAAUUGACACUCAAAAAUCGAAACUCAUCGACGAAAGUACACAAUCGGAAGAAAAAUUAACACGAAACGUUGGUACUAUGCAUGAACCAGUUCAAACAAGAAAUUUCGGUAAUGAAGUGCAACCACAAUCAUCAUCAACACAAACAACAUUUUUACCAGCAAAAAAGACACCAAAAACAGAUUAUUCAUUUAUAGAACGACCUGAGCCAAGGCCAAUUAAAUAUGAUGAUGACGAUGAUUAUUAUCCUGACCGACGAAGUUCUCCUAUUCCAAGACAACCUACACCUCGAGUUAUAUACGAUGACCCAUAUGAUAUAAUACUUCAUCAAUAUAUUAAAUGUAGAACUCCAUCGAAUUCACCACCACGACGAGAAACAAUAGACUAUGUCUAUGAUGGACAUUAUCCUGCCUGUUAUGAAACACCGUACGAUGAUUAUACAGUUUUACCAGAAGAUACUCGUCAUUCUCAUCGACCACGAUCGCGACCACCGCCAUCAGCAUAUUCUCCUUGUACUAUAGUUACACAUCGAUCACGUACAUCAUCACCACCGCCACAACAUCGACAUAUUGUUACUCCUUCACCUUCACAUCCAGUUCGUUGUCCAUCGUCACCACGUCGACCUCGUUCGGCUACUCCACGUCGUCGAGUGCAAAUGCAUUCACAAGAAACAGAUACAAGUCUUGAUGCAAUGAAAAGAAAACAUCAUACAGGUGUACAAUAUGAACCUCUAUCAACACGAGAAAAGGGCACAACACCUAGUUUACGAAUGAGAAAACCACCAACAAAUCAUCGUUCGACCACGCUUGAUGCAUCGAUCUAUUCUCAGCAUAGAUAUCCAAUACCACAUUCAACAAUACCAUUAGAUUUUAAUCGUUCACGAAGAACUCAUUUUCAUCAACCACCAACAACUACCUAUGAUUACCGAGAACAUCGUAAUCAAUCAUCUUGCAACGACUAUGAUGAUAGUGGCGAAGAAGAAGAGGAGGAGGAUGAAAUUCGUUCAAUGCAUGAUCAAUCUACUAUGGCUGAACUUCUUGUUUAUUUAGAUCAUUACACACAAUGUGAAUCUCAACCGUUUAUGGCUGAUCGAUAUAUUCAAACAACACCAACAGUCGACGAUAAUGAUAAUGAACAUGGAAAUACAUUUGAGAAUGGCGAAGAAUCAUUUAUUCGACAAUUACCACGUAGUGGUUCAAUAUCGAUUCCACAACCGAUUAUUAUUCAACCAGAUACAUUACCACGUCGACGUCAACCACAACCACAACCAUCUCCAACACGGCCGAAACGUGAUGGCCUUGAUUAUACAGGAAAUAUUCUUGAAGUUUCAUUACAUCAUGGUCAAUUACAACGAACAGCAUCUAUACGAGACUCACCUUUACUUAAUAUUGGCACGGAAAAUAUUCUAAACCAACCAGUUGCACAUGAAUAUGCGACUCCAUUUGAAACACGUUUUAUAUAUGAAUCAGAUAGUUUAUCGACAUUAGGAUCGAGAAAGAAUGGUUCAAUGAUUGCACCUGUUCUUAAUUCAGCACGAACUCAUAUGUUCACUCAAAGUCCAGUACGUCAAUCGAGAAGUAAUGGAAAUUUUUAUCUAUCAACUGCACCAUCACGUUCGAGUAAUUCGUCAAUUCGUGUUGAUAUAACAGCUGAAAAAUCUUAA